AUGUCCACAGAUCUUGAAUUCCAUCAAGCUUCUUUAACGCCCAUCAAGAUCGAAGCUCCACUUGGCAGCAAAAUUGAGUCAGACAAUGCAGAAACCAGCCCCUGCCGGACGCCAACCAGCGCCGAACACAAGAUUCCGGUGAUUCUUACCUGCCCACCGGCGCCGAGGAAGCCGAGAAGAGUGGUUCGGUGCAAGAGAAGAAUAAGGGAGUUUGACUUCUUCGAGAUCGUUAAUAGGGACGAGGUAGAGGAGUUUUUCCGAUCGAGUUUGGAGGUGGGUGAAGCCAAGAGGAGGUGUAAGUGUAAAUAA